GAGCAACACAACCUCCUCUCCACCAUGGACCAUAUUUUUGUUUUUAAUUCACAGUUGCUAAGUAAUGUUAACAUAUGUUACCCAUGCCAAUAAGCCCAUAAUAGCGAUGUUGCGUAGUUGAAAAAAAGCGAUCUUUGGGAUGUCUUUAAUGUGCUGAUCAAAAGAAAGAGUUGAAUCGAACAUGAUGCCAAGAUUCUUAACUGUUGAACUGAUAUCACACAGUUAUCUAGAGUUACUGUUACCUGAUCAAACUGAUGUCUAUGUUGAGCAGGGCCAAUGACCAGCAUCUCAGUUUGAACCAAAUUUAGGAGCAAGAAAUUACUUGACAUCCAGUUUUUCACUGCAGACAGGCAGGUAUUUUGACGGCCAGAGUGACCUGCGGGUCGACUUUCGCCUGUCCAGGGCGUCUUUUGAUGCCCUGAUGGCAGCCAUUGGGAAGAACGCAGAUCAUGGUGGAGGGCCUGUUAUCGAGUCCCUGGUCUUCUUGUUUUGGUUGGCUAGUGUAACUUCCUACCAUGUUGUGGCCAGGGCAUUUGACAUGCCCCGAACCACAGUUCACCAGGCAGUCCACAAAACCAUCGGGAAGAUAUUGGCUCUCCUCCAUCAAAUCAUCCGCCACCCAACAGAGGAGGAUCUGGUUUCCGUAUAGGAGCAGGCUUCGCAUGUGACAUACCCUAGCGCUCAAAACUGUGUACAAGCCUCUUUCAAUAGGCCUUGACUCAGUGUUUCCAGUUUUUCCUCCAGCUAACACCGUGACGUAGUCGUGAUGUCACACAAAAGGGUCUCUGAAAAUGUUUUUGUUUAAAACGUCAUCUGUAGUUCCUAUUAAUUUCUGACAUCAUCAACAUUCUAGAAUGAUAAUUGUUAACUGGCUGUGAUCUCAUAAGCACACAUUCCACAUUCUGUGCUUAUGCUUCUGCUCCACUGAAAUCACUACAACAACUGAACUGAUCCUGAGACCCUCUGUAGCUGAUAACAGUUUUAUUUGCAGAAAUGGCAACUGAAUUAACAUCAAUCUCAGACAACUACGACAUCCUUGAUGUCCUGGGAGAGGGAAGCUACGGAAUAGUCGUAGGAUGUUACAAACGGGACACCAAGGAAGUUGUGGCUGUGAAACUCUUAAAAAAACCCAGAUUUUCACAGAACUACGACCGAAGGGAGAUGGUCAUCUUGAAAAAGCUCCAAUGUUUGGACCCUGAUGAGUCCAGGAUCAUCAGAUGCCUUGAGUGGUACCACGGAAAAGAAACUGCCUACAUGGUGUUUGAGAUGAUGGACAUCAGCCUCCAUGGCUUCAUGGCUCACAGAAAAUGGGCUCCUUUGCCAUUGAAUGGCAUAAGGACCAUCAUCAAAGAUUUGGCCACAGCAUUAGCUGCCCUGGGGAGAGUCGGUCUGAUCCAUACAGAUUUGAAGUUGGCCAACGUCAUGCUGGUGGAUCAUAAGACGCAGCCAUUCAGGACAAAGCUCAUUGACUUUGGCUUGACUCUGCGGAAAUCCGAAGCCUGGCCAGGACAAGCUGUUCAGCCUUUGCUGCACAGGUCUCCUGAAGUCAUUCUGGGCCUCCCAUUCUCUGAGGCCAUUGACAUCUGGGCUCUCGGCACAAUAAUGGCCAGGCUCUCCCUCGGCUUUUCACUUUUCCCGGGGACUCAUGAGUAUGAUGUGCUGCGUUACAUCAUCGACCUCCUGGGUGAAGUUCCGAAGAAACUUGUGAAGGCUGGGAGAAGGACAAAGCUCUACUAUAAGGGAAGAGGCAAUUUCUUCAUGAACACGAAUUGGACAAUGAAGACGCCAGAACAGUUUUUCAAGGAAACCGGCCACAGCACACAAGAACACAGGGCAUACAAGGCACCCUCUCUGAACGAGCUGACAGCGUUGAACAUGCUCCGAGGAAACAAGGAAGAGGAGGCUGAUAGGAGAGCUUGUUUUGACCUGAUGAAGAAAAUGCUUCAGAUGGAUCCCAAGAACAGGAUUACCCCAAACAAAAUCCUGGCACAUCCAUUCAUAAAGGGGAGCUACGUCAGAUACAGCAAAGGAUGCACAAUGUCCACAGUCGUUGACGUCAGCAAGAGCCCUGCAGAGACCAAGGUUGAUGACUGUCCCCAGGCUGUGGAGAAGAAAUCCCACCCUCCAAAGGAUGAGAAAUCCAACUCUCCAAAAGAUGAGAAAUCCAACUCUCCAAAGGAUGGGAAAUCCAACUCUCCAAAAGAUGAGAAAUCCAACUCUCCAAAGGCAAAGGAUGAGAAAUCCAACUCUCCAAAGGAUGAGAAAUCCAACUCUCCAAAGGAUGAGAAAUCCAACUCUCCUAAGGAUGAGAAAUCCAACUCUCCUAAGGAUGAGAAAUCCAACUCUCCUAAGGAUGAGAAAUCCAACUCUCCAAAGGAUGAGAAAUCCAACUCUCCUAAGGAUGAGAAAUCCAACUCUCCAAAGGAUGAGAAAUCCAACUCUCCAAAGGAUGAGAAAUAUAACUCUCCAAAGGAUGAGGAAUCCAACUCUCCAAAGGAUGAGGAUGCUAGAGACUCAAAAUCGGUCAGUGACUCGACUGAUAGCAGCCUCUCUAGUAGCGAAGACAGCACAUUUGAGGACUUGGACAGCAUGAUCAUCCCAUCAGCUCCUCAAAACAGACCAGAAUCCUCUCAGAUACCUGAGGCCAUUGAGCCCAAGAAGAAGAAGAAGAAGAAGAGAGGAAUCCAAAGAUUCUUGUCCACCUUGAAGAGGAACAUUUUCUGUUGCUUCUGUGCGCCAAAGAACGGCGAUGAAUGAAGCAGUGAGUCUCCCGAUAAGAGUCACUGACCGGUGAACGGCUGAGACCAAAGGGGACCAUGAGUCACUGACCGGUGAACGGCUGAGACCGAAGAGGACCAUGAGUCACUGACCGGUGAACGACUGAGACCAAAGGGGACCAUGAGUCACUGAUCGGUGAACGACUGAGACCAAAGGGGACCAUGAGUCACUGACCGGUGAACGGUUGAGACCAAAGGGGACCAUAAACGCCUGUCAUAGAAGAACUCCUACUCCUACUAAGCCUUCCAAAAUAUAGUCCAGGAAGAAAGCUACUACCAGAAGCUACACGUCUGUGACUUGGAGUCACAAUAAUCAAGGCCUAUUGAAGGAGGCUUGGACAAGGGCAGACACGGGUCUUGGGGUAUAACACAUGCGCAGUGUAACUGAAGCUGUGGUCGUGCGUUGCGAUUGGUCCAAUUUCGGCGAGUGCAGACCAGAUUUUUCUGCGCAUGUGUUGUACCCCAAAGAUAUGACGCGGUGAUGAUGCAUGACCCAGCCUCCUUCAAUAGGCCUUGACAAUAAUCCGACUGGUUAGCCAUUUUUCCCCGAAGAACCACUCCACAGCCACUCCAUCCGACACAUAUUAUCCGUCUGUCCGUCCUGGAAGAGGGAUCCCUCCUCUGUUGCUCUUCCUGAGGUUUCUUCCAUUUUUACCCUGUUAAAAGGGUUUUCGUGGUUAAGUUUUUUCUCAUCCGAUGCGAGGGUCGUACUGUAAAGGACAGAGGGUGUCUUAUGCUGUACCGAUUGUAAAGCCCCCUGAAACAAGUGAUUUGUGUUUUUGGGCUAUACAAAUGAAAUUGACUUGAAUAAGAGCCUGUGGUUUUGGUAAUCGCUGGAGAGUAGAGUGUGGGAGCAUCGGCCGGUGGCCUGUGAAGGGCCGCCGAUACGAUACUUUCACGCUACCUCUUGCUGAUUGCUGCACCAUGGUGGAAAAGGAAGUAGACAAACUUCGAAGUCAGCUACAACAGCAUGGAGUUGAGUGAGGAGUGAUGAAGGAAUGGGAAGGCUAGUGGGAGUAGGAGGAAUAAACAGGAUAAAUAAAUAAAUAUCUUUAUGAAAUAA